CUUUUUCAUUCUUUGAUUGUAAGACCAUCUGUGAUGACUUUAUCACACGUUUUUUGGAGCCUUUCUAUCCCUGCGUCGUCUUUUCUAGUCACAAACUUGUGACUUUUGUUUUAUUCAAAAAUGACCUUUAUAUAUUGGCAGUGUCGAGAGCAUUAGUUUAUUUACCGUAAUUUACAACAAUCGGAUUCAACCAAAAGAUAAAUCUGUUGAUUUUUACUUUAUCAUUAAAAACAAACCAAGUCACGUGAACAUUUGGAGAAUAUUUAAACCAUUUAAAAAAGCUUCCUUUGAACCCACAAGUACUUGCAUAAAUUCCCUUGAAGUAAGUCUCUUACGAAAAUCAAUUUUUUGUUAUCGUUCGACAAUUCAACUACAAAACCUAUUCUGAACCUUGAAAAAUUAUUUUAAAAAAAAUUCGUUACGUAAAAGAAACGUACAAAGUAUGAUAUGUGACACGGCGCCCAUUUUAACGGACUCACAUCCUGACAUGAGUUCAAACACCGCUAAAGACCUUAUGUUAAAAUCUCAACACAAUGUGAAACAAUUUAGUCGAGUUAUAAAAUGUCAUUCUUGUAACAUAUCAAAUUUGAACCAGCCUAAUCUUUUGUUUAAAACAUUUUUUUGGGAUGAGUUUUUCUGUCAAAGAUUUCCAAGGCAAUUAGUAGUCAAAACACCAGCAAAAUGUCCUUCUGGUGAAAAAGAGUAUGUUACCCAGGAUGUUAUUCCAAAUACAUGUAUUCGUGAUUUAUUUCAUGUUCCUACUCGUGUUGAAAAAACUUUGGUAUUAGGUUUUUGUAUUUGUUUAGAAUGCGUUUUGUAUGAAUUAACUAUAAUGCCAUUGCAGGCUUUAGUAGCCUUAUUUAAAUUGAGCGUGCUGUUUUGUUCUUGGAGUUUAUCGCCGUUUCAGAUAAAGUUUUUUCAACAAACUAAACAAAAAAAAUGCCUGGGCAAAUAUGUUAAAACAUCUAGUUUUUUUUUUAAAUAUUUGGUACAACCAUAUUCAAUAUUUAAUCCCUCAAAAUUCUUUUGUACGUGGAACGUUCAAACAACAUUAUCUCUUCCACAAGCCUGUGAUUUAACCCGUACACUAAUACUUAUAAUGGGGAUUUUUUUAUUCAACAAAUUCUUUGACGUAUCGGAUAUUUAUCAUUGCAUACGUGCACAAUCCUUCAUGAAGCUUUAUGUUAUAUUUAAUAUGUUAGAACUUUUUGAAAGAUUAUGGAGAUCUUUGGGAAGGGAUGCUAUUGAUUCCUUGAUGCGACAAAUUGUAUCGCUUUCUUUUGUAGAUUAUACAUCUUCGUCAAAACCAAAUAAAUUAUUUCAUACUUCAAGUUCGACUUUUAAUGACUCGAAUAAAAAUUUUCGUAAUUCUUGUUCUCCAGCAACUGCACCGUCAUCUUUGCUACCUGAAAAUUUUAAAACCACAUUUAAAUCCUUAACACAACAAAAAUCUUCUUUAAACCUUCUUUUUAACCAAAAUCCCGUAACAGCACCUUUCCCUUGCCGAAAUGUUGUUACAUUUUUUGUGAAAAUGUCUUUUAACAUGAAGCAGCACUGUUCUAAAAAUAUAUUAUCAGGUGUUUCUCCAUUUUUCUCAAUCGUAGCAAACUAUCAAAAAUUUAUUACUAUGGUUCUACGUUUAGUUUUUUCUAUUUGUCUAGUUCUUGUUUACGUUGUUGUACACUCAUUGAUGCAUCUUUUGAGAGCUCUCUUGUUAAAUAUAUCCAUUAACUCUUCGGAUUCCGUUAUGUUUCUUAUAGUAACCUCAAACAAUUUCGCGGAAUUGAAAUCAACAGUUUUUAAGAAGUAUUCAAGAACAAGUUUAUUUUCUAUCGUGGCGUCUGAUGCUGUUGAACGCUUUUAUUUAUUUGCUGAUGGCAUUAACGUUUUUUUCCGCUUAGCAGCUUCCAUAAGAACACCUUUGAGUUCUUGUUGGUCUGUGUUAGCCUGUAUUGUGGGAAUGAUUUUAUUAGAGUGUUUUGUUGAUUGGGCAAAACAUUUUUUUCUUUUGAAAUUAAAUUUUUUACCAACAAAUACACUCAAUUACUACCGAGAAGCUUUAUGGGCCGAUAUUCUUGUUUCAAGAGAUCCUGACACCUUCCUGCACGAUUCAACACAUCUGCAACAAUGGAAAGUACCUUGUCGCUCCGUGUAUUCGUUUCCUCAUAUUUGCUCAAGACGCUUAGGAUUUGUAGCUUUACCUUUGACGUCUCAACUCCUCUGCUUACUUCCCCAAUUUCCAUGGAAAGAAAAUUUUUGUACGGCUGCAUUUACAAUUUUUUUUUUAUGGUUUUGUCUUCUUUUACUUAAGCUUAUUGUAUCCAUGCUUCUUCUCUCUCUCGCUACCUUACAACGUUCAACUCUGACAGUUUCUACGCAUCCAGAAUUGCAAGAUUUAUGUCCCUUAUAACCAGAAAUUUCUAUUCUCGCUUGCAAUUUGUAUUAAAGC